AUGGCAUCCGCGGAGGGCGGCAUUGACGGAACCGCGGCGGGGACGGCCAAGAAGAAGAAGAGAAUCUCCGACUGCCUCGCCGACAGCGACGGCGGCGAGGAUGCACCGGCGGCGGACGUUGCCCCGCCCUCGCCGCCUUCCCCGGGGACGCCGCGGCUGCGCAUCCCGAUGUUCACCUGCGCGCGGCUCAGGUUCGGCAGGAAAGGCGGCCGAGGACGGAAGGAGGCCGCCGUCGUCGCCGAGAAGAGCGAGGCCGUGCCGACGGAUUCCUCAGGUACGUAUCGCGUAGGAUGGAAGCAGGAGAGCAAUGGCGGCAGCGGCGCGGAGGCGACCGUCGGCAUGGGGUUGAGCCUGCUGUUCCUCCUCGCCAAGACCUGCGUGGAGCUCAACAAGAUGGCCGAGGUGCGCGCGCGGAUGGAGGCGCUCCUGGAGGAGAUGCGGGGCCUGAAGCUGGCCCGGACGGCGAAGAUGGGCGCGGACAAUGUUCACGCCGCUUCGCCGGGAAGUAUUCACGACCUUCCGCCGUCGACGAUGACGGCUGCCUCGCUGUGCCGGUGCCGCGCGUCGGGCCGUGCGCGCACGGACGGCCGCGACGGCGCCGCUUCCUCGUCUUCUCCGGAAUUGUCUCUUCCUCCUCGCCGUUUCCAUCAGCGGACGGACGACUCGUUCUACGCGCUGACAGGAAACCCGUUGUUCGACGUCGACCGUGCCGCCGCUUCGACGUCCGGCAUGGAGACGGCGAGCGGCGAGAGCGGGACGUCGUCAGAAAUGGAGGACUCUAUGAGCAUGGAUGUAGCUCGGGCGCAGUUCCAGCUCAACGGCUACAACACCGAGCAGGAAUCACCCGAGUCAUCGUCGUCGGACGGCGACUCGUUCAUCGAGCUCGAGGGGGGAUUCGGCGCCGGCGCCGGCGUCGGCGGUAGCGCGAGGCGGAGGCGAGACUCGGAGGACGAGGAGCCCGGCGGCGACGGGGCAGUGUCGGCACUGGAGCUGGAGAGGCGGCUGCAGGAGCUGCUGCACCGGAGGAGCCGGGAGCGGAUCGAGGAGCUGGAGGCGUCGCUGCGGCGCGCGGAGAGGAAGCUGAUGGAGAAGGACAUGGAGGCGCGGCUGUGGAAGGACACGGCGAAGCUCGCGCUGCAGCCGCCGUCGCAGCAGCGGGAGCGGGAGGACGCACACGGGGCAGUGACUUUCUUGCAGUGA